AUGCUUACUAAAUCUAAUGAUGAUAUUUUUGAAAAUCAAAAGAAGUUGGCUGUUGAAUCAACUAAAAAGAUUACCCAUGUUGAUGCCAAAAUUGAUAAAUUUGUUGCUGAUUUUAAGGAGAUGACUUCUAAUAUGAAAAAUUUCAUGGCAGAUUUUCAAACUUCUUCUAAUAAAGUCAUUGAAGGAUUUCGCUCAUCACUUCAAUAUGAGAAAGAAGCUCUUUCCAGUAUUUAUUAUGGACUUCAACGUGAUAAUGCAGAUCAUCACACGUCUAUUGCAAACUCAAUUUUGAGGUUGCAAACUGAUCUUGCUCAUGAAAAUAAGAUUAUAGAUUCCCUUACAUUAUCAACUUAG